GACACGGCCAGAGCACUGAGAGAUAUCAGGUAUUGAUGUAACUGGAGUGAAUAAGGGAACCUUCUUCCUGAGCACAGACAUUAGAGCCUUUUAUCAGCAUGAACUCAUAUGUGUUAGACAAACACAUGAGUUGUUCAUAUACAUCCUUCACUACAGGAAGCAUCAGAAUGAUACCGCAAACUCCAAAAGUCUUAGACACUAAUGACUAUUCACAAACAUUGGGGAUAUCACAGCAGAUAUUAAAAGAAGAUGGUGAUUUUGCAGGAACUGGACAGCAAUCGCUUUGUACAGAGAGUAAUUUAGUCAUCAAACAAGAGGACAUUUAUGCCUUAUCUAGUGAAUUUAUUAUCCCUGAGGAUAAACCACACACAUUUACUGAGUUUUCAAAACAUAUUAAAGAAGGGAAAAGUCUACAGUCUAGCCAAAUGAUUCAUACAAAGGAGAAACCUUUCAAAUCUACAGAAUGUGAGAAAAGCUUUAGAUGGGAGUCUCCUCUACUAGAACACUACAAAAUUCACACAUGUGAGAAACCACACAAAUGUACGGAGUCCGGCAAAUGUUUUACACAAAUGGAUCAUCUGAAAACUCAUAAAAAGAUUCAUACAGGAGAAAAGCCUUUCACAUGUACAGAGUGUGGAAUUUUUUUUACAACAAAGAGCUAUCUGAAAAAGCAUGAAAGAAGUCACACAGGGGAAAAACCUUUCACAUGUACAGAGUGUGGAAAAUGUUUUACAGAAAAGAGUAGUCUGAAAAUUCAUGAAAGGAGUCACACCGGAGAAAAGCUUCUUACAUGUACAGAGUGUGGAAAAAGUUUUACAGUAAAGAGUAAACUGAAAACUCAUGAAAGGAUUCACACAGGAGAAAAGCCUUUCACAUGUACAGAGUGUGGAAAAAGUUUUACAUAUAUAAGGUGUCUGAAAAUUCAUGAAAAGAUUCACACAGGAGAAAAGCCUUUCACAUGUACAGAGUGUGGAAAAAGUUUUACAUAUAUAAAUUGUCUGAAAAUUCAUGAAAAGAUUCACACAGGAGAAAAGCCUUUCACAUGUACAGUGUGCGGAAAAAGUUUUACACAUAUGAGUAAUCUGAAAACUCAUGGAAGGAUUCAUACAGGGGAAAAGCCUUUCACAUGUACGGAGUGUGGAAAAAGUUUUACACAUAGAAAUAAUCUGAAAACUCAUGAAAGGAUUCACACAGGAGAAAAGCCUUUCACAUGUACAGAGUGUGGGAAAUGUUUUACAGAAAAGAGUAAACUGAAAACUCAUGAAAUGAUUCACACAGGAGAAAAGCCUUUCACAUGUACAAAGUGUGGAAAAAGUUUUACAAAAAAGAGUAGUCUGAAAACUCAUGAAAGGAUUCACACAGGAGAAAAGCCUUUCACAUGUACAGUGUGUGGAAAAAGUUUUACAGUAAAGAGUAAACUGAAAACUCAUGAAAGGAUUCACACAGGAGAAAAGCCUUUCACAUGUACAGUGUGUGGAAAAAGUUUUACACAUAUGAAUAAUCUGAAAACUCAUGAAAGGAUUCACACAGGGGAAAAGCCUUUCACAUGUACAGAGUGUGGAAAAUGUUUUACACAUAUAAAUUGUCUGAAAACUCAUGAAAGGAUUCACACAGGAGAAAAGUGUUUCACAUGUACAGAGUGUGGAAAACGUUUUACACAAGAGAGUAGUCUGAAAACUCAUGAAAGGAUUCACACAGGAGAAAAGCCUUUCACAUGUACAGAGUGUGGAAAAAGUUUUACGGAAAAGCGUAAACUGAAAACUCAUGAAAGGAUUCACACAGGAGAAAAGCCUUUCACAUGUACAGAGUGCGGAAAAUGUUUUACAAGAAAGAGUAAACUAAAAACUCAUGAAAGGAUUCACACUGGAGAAAAGCCUUUCACAUGUACAGAGUGUGGAAAAUAUUUUACAGAAAAGAGUGAUCUGAAAACUCAUGAAAGGAUUCACACAGGAGAAAAACCUUUCACAUGUACAGAGUGUGGAACAAGUUUUACACAAAAGAGUGAUCUUAAAAAGCAUGAAAGGAUUCACACAGGAGAAAAGCCUUUCACAUGUACAGAGUGUGGAAAAUGUUUUACAGAAAAGAGUAGUCUGAAAACUCAUGAAAGGAUUCACACAGGAGAAAAGCCUUUCACAUGUACAGAGUGUGGAAAAGGUUUUACAUAUAUAAGUUGUCUGAAAAUUCAUGAAAAGAUUCACACAGGAGAAAAGCCUUUCACAUGCACAGAGUGUGGAAAAAGAUUUACACAUAGGAAUAAUCUGAAAACUCAUGAAAGGAUUCACACAGGAGAAAAGCCUUUCACAUGCACAGAGUGUGGAAAAAGAUUUACACAUAGGAAUAAUCUGAAAACUCAUGAAAGGAUUCACACAGGAGAAAAGCCUUUCACAUGCACAGAGUGUGGAAAAUGUUUUACAGAAAAGAGUAAACUGAAAACUCAUGAAAUGAUUCACACAGGAGAAAAGCCUUUCACAUGUACAGAAUGUGGAAAAACUUUUACACAUAUGAAUAAUCUGAAAACUCAUGAAAUGAUUCAUAGGGGAAGAAACCUUUCACAUGUUUAUAAAGUGGAAAACAGGUUUUCCAUUUAAAGGAGAGUCCACGGCUUAAUUCAUUACUAGUGGGAAAUAAGAA